CCUGUGGUUUAGGCUCAUCUUCUUGGACUUUUAUCUUCAUGUAUUAUAGAGACUCCUCAUAAAAUAUCUAGCACCAACCUUGUACAGAGAAUGGUAGAUUAUGUUGUGGAGCCUGGAAGCAGGAUGUGAUAUUUCCUCAACUUGGAGAUACCUCUAGACCUUUGAGAUCAGAAGCAGUGUUAUCUCUCCUUUGCUUUCUAGAUUUCACAAGGAGCAAGGGCAGACUCAAUGUUGGAGAAUACUGUAGUGCCACUGAAUUUUAUCUCCUUGUCUUUCCCAGCUCCCAAGAACUACGCCAGAUCCUUUUUGCCACCUUCUUGUUCCUUUACUGAGUGGCAUUAAUGGGAAACUUGGUCAUCAUCGUGAUUGUCUGUGUUGAUAAGCGUCUGCAGUCCCCCAUGUACUUCUUCUUCAGCCACCUCUCUGUCCUGGAGAUCCUGACCACAUCCAUUGUUGUUCCUGUGAUGCUGUGGGGGCUGCUGCUCCCUGGGAUGCAGACAAUAUCACUGACUGCCUGUGUGGCUCAACUCUUCUUGUACCUCGCUUUGGGGAUCACAGAGUUUGCAUUAUUAGGAGCCAUGGCUGUGGACCGUUACGUGGCUGUCUGUAACCUUCUGAGGUACAACCUCAUCAUGAACAGCCACACUUGCACCUGGAUGGUGACUGUGUUGUGGGUGAUUGGGUUCCUUUUUCAGAUCUGGCCUGUCUAUGCCACAUUUCAGUUUACCUUCUGCAAAUCCAACGUGGUGAACAAUUUUUUCUGUGACAGAGGGCAGUUGCUGAAACUAUCCUGUGAUGACACUCUGUUCACAGAGUUCCUCCUCUUCUUAAUAGCUGUUUUCAUUAUGGUUGGCUCUUUGAUCCCUACAAUUGUCUCCUACACCUACAUCAUCUCCACCAUCCUCAAGAUCCCCUCACCCUGUGGCUGGAGGAAAGCCUUCUCCACCUGUGCUUCCCACUUCACCUUUGUCGUCAUUGGCUAUGGCACUUGCUUCUUCCUCUACAUGAAACCCAAGCAAACGCAGGCAGCUCAGUCCAACAGGGUUGUUUCCCUGAUGGUCGUGGUGGUGACUCCUUUCCUCAACCCUUUCAUCUUCACCUUCCGGAAUGACAAAGUCAUAGAAGUCCUGCGGGAUGGGGUGAAAUGCUGCUGCCACCUAUUCAGGAACUAGCCCUGCCCUAAGGCAGUUUUCUGAAGGAAAACAGUUGUUAUGGAUUCUGAAGUGAUUUGGAAAGCACCUACUCAUCUUUAAACUAAUCAUAAUCAAGUUCUGUCUAUAUACAUGUAUGCGUAUAAUCUGUAUGUGCGUGUAUGUACAUUUUAUACUCUCUAUAAUCUUCUCUAGUCAUAGUACAUCUCACAAUUGUUGUUGUUGGUUGCCAUUGAGUCAACUCUGACUCAUGGCAACCUUGUGUAUAACAGAAUGAAAUGUUG